AUGGUGGAUCUCAUCUACCGAUUCAAGCGGUACAAUCUUGGGACGAAGCUCAACUUGAACUUCAUUGCCGAUCCUCCUCCCCUUCCCGAAGGCGUUACAGAAGAAAUGAUUGAGGAGUACGAGGGGGAAGACGCUCCGGAGGAGCCUGAAGCCACUGGUGCCGAAGGGGCGGAUGCCGAGGGCCCUAUAAAGGUCAAUAAGGUCCACGAAGUUGUCCCUUAA